GACUUGUCGGAGGCUCCCAUCUCCUCGAUCGACGCGCCCUCUUCUCAUUGAGUCUCCUGCGACCAUUGGCCUGAUCACACUUUUGUUCACCCAAUGGUCAUGCUGAGCUUCGACGCGUCCGACAAUGAGCGCGGCGCGGAUGGCAAUGGUGGCUAUGACGUCCAUCCGGAGAUGAUGGCCAUCCUCAAUCGGACGACUGGUUUCAUCAAGGACGACGACGUCGGGAAGAGGUUCCGACAUCUCUACCGAGGAGGCACUCUCAAGCAGGACCCGAGUAAGCUUAAGCAAUUCGCGUUCGAUUGUUUCUUCGGCCAGAUCGCCAAGGUUAAGCGGGCAGUCGAGAGCGGGCAGGCUCCUGACCUCACAGGGACAGAGACGCCGUACAAGUUCGGGUACUGCACUCUCGUCAUCGCCGGAGGCCAACGAGGCGCCGCGGCCUUCCCAGGUGCAGACCACGCCGCGACUCUGAAGUUCCUCAUCUCCAGCGGGGUACCCAUGGACUCCUGCGACAUAGCUGGCCUCACCGCACUCCAUCACGCCACCCAGAGCACGGAUGGGCCGACACUUGCACUCGUCCGCAUCCUCCUUGAGUCUGGUGCAAACGUCAACCUCCAGAACCGGUACGGCGAGAUCCCCCUACUGUGCAGCUUCCAUAUGGCCGAUGUGCGCCUCGUGGAGCUGUUCAUGGAGUUCGGCGCAGACCUCGACAUACCGAGCGCAGACGGUACGACAGGGCGCAUGAUCUUCGUAAACAUAGGCCCAGCGGUCACUGCGGCAAUCACGAAGUGGAUCAGGAAGAGGAGUGGGGAGCGCAAGCCUCUCGACGGGAAGUCAUGCGCGAAGUGCGGGGAGGCGGAUGUUGCACUCAAGAUAUGCAAAAAGUGUCACGCAGCGAAGUACUGUUCGCCGGAAUGCCAGAGAGAAGACUGGCCGACGCACAAGCAGACGUGCACGCCGUUUGACGGGGUGACGUCCGUGACCGUCCGGCCGACAUACCGCGAUAUCGGCACGCUCAUGUCUCCCUUGGAACUCACGCGCCAAGCCAUGAACCUUCCAGCGAUCCCGCGCCCCCGCGCGCACUACCGCAGCGUGCACACGCCACACGUGGAGCCCGACCAGCCGAAGGCGAUGGUCGUCAAAGUGCAGGUACCGUACCUGGGUGGGCCGGUAAAGCAGGGCGGGCCGCUGCUCAUGUAUAACAAGAAGCGCAGUCUGGUGUGUACACUGGAGGUCGCCGGUAACGAAACGGCAUAUGCGCGCAUCGCGGAGACCGUCUGGACGAAGGGUGUUAACGGCGCGAAGGCGUACUUCCCUGCGGAGCUGAACAGCCAGGACGAACUGGUCAUCAAGGUCGGCGAAGUCUUGGCUGAGCAGUCCUUCUGA